GAGAAGCUUCAGUCAUCAGUCGCUCAUUGAUGUCGCAGUAUGGGUUUAUAGCUUAAAACAAAGUGAAUUUAUACUGCAUGCGGUAUUUAAAACAAGAUCAAAAUGUUACUGGUUAAAAUCGUUUCUGUGCUUUCCACAAGUCUCUUUUGUGUUGGAUUUGCAUCAGAGGAAAAACUUGCGCAAGGGGAAAGCAAAUUCCUUUUUACUGCCCCAAAUACCCUGACAGUGAAUAAGAGCGAGAAAGUCUUGCUGAACGUGUUUGAAAAUCCCGAAAAUGAAGAAUUCAUAAUUCGUUUGCUCCUGCCUGACAACACAGAACUUUAUUCCUAUGCCAUUAAAAAUGCAGAGACAAAAGUGCACGACUUAAGCUUUACCGUGCCAGAAACCGACGCCACAUCGGCAAUUUUGGAAUUAGCGCACGGCGCCAACAAAACUCUUAAGGCAAAUGUGAAACUCUUCAAAGAAAAAAGUUUGAUGUUCAUUGAAACGGACAGGCCGUUUUACAAGCCCGGAGAGCUGGUGCGAUUCAGGCUUUUGCACCUAAACAGUCAACUCAGACCCAUCAAUAAAGAUAUAUGGAAGGUGUGGAUUGAAAAUCCGAGCAGUGUAAAAAUGUUGCAGUGGAAAAACGUUGAAUUAAACAGUGGAUUUACGCAGCUCGAGAUGCAACUCACAAAUGAGCCUGUCAAAGGUUCAUGGAAGAUUAAAGUUCAGUCGGAAAAUGCGUCUGAUAUUGUGCUAAAGGUCUUUAAUGUCAAAGAGUAUGUUUUACCCAAAUUUGAGGUCACAAUUGCGCCACCGGGAUACAUUUCAACAGGAUCAAAUGAAGAUUACACAUGGAAAAUAUGCGCUAAAUAUAGUUUUGGAGCUCCCGUUCAAGGAAAAGUAGCGUUGGCGAUUUUGUUUGAGGAGCCUAAUUACUGGUGGAAUAAAAAGAAGGGUGAAAAUUCUAAAAUGAAGGAGAUUAAAAACAGCGUGCUGAGGAAAGUGGAUGGAUGCAGCGAGAUUAUUCUUACCAGUCAAGAAAUUGCAAAAUAUGAGAAAAACCACUUGCAAGGGAUCAGGGUCAACGCCACUGUGAAAGAGGAAGGAACGGGCGAAGUGCAAUCGGCCAGCCAUUAUUCCGAAUACCAUCAUUCGACGUGGGUCAAAUUUGACUUUUCAAAAUCUCUCAAAUACUACUACCCUCACAUUCCAUAUUACAUGCGGGUUCGAGCAAAUCAGCCCGAUGGAACGGCGGCGUCAAAUUUGCAUUUUGAAAUUACUGUGACUGACGGUUUGAAAAAGAGGGAGACGGCAAGUUUUGUUUCUGAUGACGACGGGCGGCUGAAUUUCACAAUUUACACGUCUGAUGUAGGCGAAGAGCUCACGGUUUCUUUAACGUGCUCACCACAGCAAGACAACUGCAAGGGUGUGGGCCGUUUUACUAUUACACCCUGGUUUUCACCCUCAUCGUCUCACAUCAUGAUUUCCGGAUCUGACGAAGCGGCGUGCAACGAAAAUUAUGACUUGGAAGUUUAUUACACGUUCCCCAAAACCUUAUCAGGGAAAACAAUGGAAUUCUUUUAUCUAGUUCAGUCCAAGGGUGAAAUAUUGAAUAGAGGAAAAUUUGAUAUUGUGCUGACAAAAGCCAAUCAAUUCGAUUCUGACGACGCUCUGAGCAAAACUUUCUUCAAACUAGAACAGACAAAAAACGAGAUUUCGGUUGGAAAAUGGAUUUUAAAACUGAACGUCAAACCAAAUUUAGCCCCUGAAGCAAAAAUCGUGGUUUACUAUGUUUCAAACAGCGAAAUUGUCGCAUCUAGUCUAAAAGUUGACAUAAAAAAGUGCCUUCAACACACGGUUCAUUCAGAGUUUUCUGAACGCAGAGUUGAACCAGGGCAAAAAGUAACCCUUUCAUUGAUUGCGGGCGCAAAUUCGCUGUGCGCGCUUUCUGCAGUUGACAAGGCAGUGACUUUCCUGGACCGAAAUCGCGCAUUGAGCGUGGAAAAGGUUUUUGAGAAACUGGAGCAGAUCGCUGCUAAACCUUCCGAGCAAUACUCAGAACAAGAUUUCAUGGUUGAACGCUGCUCCACCGAAGAAGAUAAUUCUGCAAUUGAGAGACAAAAACGGUCUUCCUAUAUGGUGCCCAAAAUACCGUUUGGAAAUUCAAAAAGAGCAUUUCUGGAUGGGGGCAUGUUGGUCCUGAGUAAUCUAGACAACAACAUCAAGCCAUGCCAAUUUGGAGAGAUUGGCGAAAAUUGCGAUGAGUGUCCUAUGUGGGACUAUGAUUGGGAUGCAAUACAUGCCCGUUCGAUAGACAUGGCUGAUUCGGAUUAUAGGGAUCUUGAAAGGCGGAUACCAAAGAGAAUGAAAUGGAGAACGCUACUUUUACUCCCACACUCCAUAGUAGAGCCCCCUCCAGGCAAAGAAGAAAUUUCCGACGCAGUAGAAAUGCGGACAAAUUUUCCAGAAACCUGGCUUUGGCAACUGGAGGAAAUAAGUGAAAGCGGCUCGAAAAAUAUUGAUUUGGAAACACCUCACACCAUCACUGAUUGGAUUUUGAACACAGUUUGCGUUUCAAGUGAUGAAGGCUUAGGAGUUGCUCCAGAAACCUCAGUAAAAGUUUUGAAGCAGUACUUCAUGGACUUCACCCUUCCAUAUUCCGUAAAAAGAGGAGAAACUCUGCCCCUGAAAGUGUCUCUGUUUAAUUACAUCACCCACGACCUUCCGAUUACUAUAACUUUUGGACAAUUCUCCGGUGGCAACUUGAAAGGUGAGACUAUUUUCUCCGCGUGUCUCCGAAGCAAAGACAAGUUGGUUCACACUUUUGAACUCGAAGCGAAAGUUCUUGGUGAGCACAAUAUUUCAGUCUCGGCUGGAAUUAAUUUUAACGAUAGCAACUGCGGCCCUGAUGUACUUGUUAACGCGCGGGAUGCGGUAACAAAGACGAUCAAGAUAAAACCAGAAGGGUUCCCAGUUGAAGUAACAAAAUCCUUAUUUUUGUGCUUGCAAGACGUUGGUGAAACCGCCUAUUUGAGUUGGCACCUGCCUGUGCCUGAAAACUCGGUGCCCGAUUCCGCCAUUGGAGAGGUGUCUGUUAUAGGAGACUUGAUGGGACCAAGUUUAGAGAACUUGGACAGUUUGAUUCGCCUUCCCACGGGUUGCGGGGAGCAGAACAUGGUGCUCUUCGUGCCUAACCUGGUGGUUUUAGAUUAUCUGGGCGCGACCGACUCGCUGACCCAAAGCACCAAGUCCAAGGCGGUGGCUAAUUUAGUCAAGGGCUAUCAACGAGAGUUGACUUACCGACACGACGACGGCUCGUACUCGGCGUUCGGCAAGAACGACGCGACGGGCUCUAUGUGGCUGACAGCUUUCGUGCUCAAGUCAUUCUCGCAGGCAAAGAAAUUCGUCUUCGUGGACCAGAAUGAGCUCCAGUUGAGCGCCGACUGGAUCCUGAAACAUCAGAAGGAAAAUGGUUGUUUCAGACAAAUCGGCUCGGUGUUUAGCAAAGAAAUGAAGGGAGGUGUGGGAAGCUCGUCAAUUGUCGCAUUUUCUUCGUACAUCAUGAUCGCCAUUCUCGAAUCAAAGAUCAACAUAAAAAAGCAAGUGCUGGAGAGCGGAAUUUACUGUUUGACGAAAACGCGAGAGGAAACUGACGUCUACGCCAAUGUUGUAUCUGCCUACGCCUUGCAACUCAUCAGAGAAAGGAUCGAAACCACUUUGACCAAAAAAGCAGCGAAAGAUUCUCUCGAGCAUAUUUUAACGUUGGUCAAUUCUGGCAAAGAGGGUGAAAUCUUCUGGCAAAAUGAGGGAUCGUCAAACUUGGCCCUCAAAAUCGAAACGACUGCCUAUGCAGUUUUGGCUCUUAUAUCGGCAGGUGGGGAAGAAAAUAUGAUUCUCGCUUUCAACGCUGUCAAGUGGAUUUCAAAGCAACGGAACGGUCAGGGCGGAUUUGUCUCUACACAGGACACAGUCCUUGCUUUGGAGGCGCUAGCGAAGUACGCCAUGGCGGUGCCAUUCAAAGACGUGCAGAUGAAAAUUCAGGCCACAACUGACGACAACAAUAUUUUUGAGUUUGACAUUAACCCUGAAAACAGGCAGAUCCUCCACCAAAACGAAAUUCCCUACGUUCCAACUAACUUGCACUGGACAGCAGAGGGAAAGGGCUGCAGCCUGGUCCAAAGCACCCUUCGAUACAAUCUAAAAGAAUCGACAGAAGUAAGAAAGGACGCGUUUACGGUGGGGAAAAAAGUUUCCCACAUUGUGCCUGGAUCGUGCAAGGAAAUUUACCUUGAAUUCAACAUGUCCUACAACCUGAAUGACGGAGCCUCCAAUAUGGCUGUUUUGGAAGUGGAAAUGAUCAGUGGUUACGAGCCAGAUAAAAUUUCUCUCGAAGAAAUAAAAGUUCACGUGCCAACAUUUAAAAGAUCGGACUAUGAGGGUGGCAAGGUGCAUCUGUAUUUUGAUUCAAUUGAUAGCUCAAAUCCAUUGAACUUUGGGUUUGUAAUUGUGCAAAGAGUACGUGUGGAAAAUGUCAAGCCAGCCCAAAUAAAACUGUACGACUAUUACGAGCAGGAAUCUUUUGUGCAAGCGGAUUAUGAAUUAAAUUGCAACGUAGUUCCUGGAGCAAAUCAACCAAACACAAUUGAUCAAGCUGCUGAUGAGCCCAAUUCGGUCAAUGGGAACAAACUAGAUGACCGAUUCAAAGACUUCAAAAACGUAGAUUUUGACUUAGAUUUUCCUGACGGUGACGAGGGACCAGUGCCAGUGUACGUUCCAGCACCAAAUGUUCCCUAAUUUAUGAGUGAAAAUUGUUUUACUAUUUCCAUUGUAAAAUUUUCUAUAAUUUCGUCAAAUAAAUAAUAUAUUUUAGUAAAAUUAUUACUAUUAUUAUGA